AUGGCCAGGGCCGGGGCCGAGGCCGAGGCUAAGGCCCUGGCCGCCGCCGCCGCCACCGCUUCCUCCCGCCUGCCGGCCGGGGCCUGCCACGCGCCGCCGCCGCCGCCGCCGCCGCCGCCGCCGCCACAGCCGCCUCGCGCACACAGCCAGAGGAGGGGCGGGGCCGCGCCGCGCGCCGCGCCGCGCCGGACACACCCCCCUCAGCCCUCUGCACUAGAACCAAUCAAGAGCCGCGCCGCGCGCCGGACUCUCCGCAGGCGCAUCCCCGCUAGCCCCGCAGCAGCAGCUGCGGCAAAAGCCACAGCGUCAGGACCAGAGCUGCUGCCGCUGGGUCCCCUCAAUUCGCUCCACUCACCCGUUCCCUACAAGGCGCUGCGGGUCCCUGGGCCACCCUGCCGUGCAGCUCACGGCCGUCACUUCAGAACCUCGGACAGCGUGGGGAGCUGGGAGUAG